CUUUCGGCGGGCGAGCUUUCGGGUCUCUUUUCCAGACUGACUGGUGGAGUACCGAGUGCCAUGGCCACCGCCGGGGUGGCCGCGGGUCGGCAGGCCGAGGAUGCAUUACCGCCGCCGACCGAGCCUCCGCUGCCCGAGACGAAGCCGCUGCAGCCUCCGCAGCCACCGCCUCCGAUCGCCGCAUCUCACCCACAGCAGUCGCCCGCUCCUAGGCCGCAGUCACCCGCUGUCGUAAAGGAGGAGGAGAACUAUUCCUUUUUACCUUUAGUUCACAACAUCAUCAAAUGCAUGGACAAGGACAGCCCAGACAUCCACCAGGACCUGAACGCCCUCAAAACUAAGUUCCAGGAGAUGCGCAAAGUCAUCAGCGCCAUGCCCGGCAUCCACUUGAGUCCUGAGCAGCAGCAGCAGCAGCUGCACAGCCUCCGAGAGCAAGUCAGGACCAAGAAUGAACUUCUGCAGAAAUACAAGAGCCUCUGCAUGUUUGAGCUCCCCAAGGAGUAGAGUGAGACUGGCUUCCAGGAAUGCCUGAGAAAGAAGCAGAAGAGCACAUGGCCUUAUUCUCUCCCCACCACACCCUGAGUGUGGCUCUCUGAACUCCCAGCUCUAAAGUUGUAGUUGAGUGGGGUGAGGCUUUUGGACUGCUUCCUUAGCUGAACUUGGCAUUGACUGCAAGGAGCCAGCAUUGGAACUUGGCAUGCUUCAUUGGUGCUUCCUUGUAUGUAUCCAUAUGUCUAGAUGCAUAAUAACUUGAGUGCCUGCUGGUGGAAGUGAGAAUGUUCCUGAAGGCUGGGGAGGGGGGAGCACUCUACCCCUACCUCUGGGGAGGGGGCCAUCUGCUGUGUAUUCAUGCUCUGCUGACAGUUCUGAAGAGCACAGUAGGAAAGGAGGCGGCUCCCCCUUUGCUUCCUGUCUGCUCUCUCCUCCCUCCCCCUGGAUAUGAUCAGUGUGUACCAGGUACAUAUUGUUCCUGUUAACAGCAGUGUCAUGAAACAUUUGCAUAGAAUCUACUGGAUAAAUUAGGCCUGCAUUCAUAUGGCGUGGAUUUAAAAUGGUAAAAGAAAAAAAGCCCUUGAGAGAAUAAACAUGGUAUUGAUAACUACA